UUUAACAGCAUCUUUGCACAAUGUUGGAACGCUUGUCUCGGAGGAACCGUUCUUUCCUGUCUCUCUCGCUUACCUCGCUUGCCCUAGCGCUCUCCGUCUUGGCCUUCUGCACCUCUUACUGGUGCGUGGGAACGCAUAAAGUGGUCAAACCUCUUUGUCUGUCGCCGGUCAAAAUGAAGAACUGCGGACAGAACAACAGCCAGCCAUACACAACCGAGGUCCCAACCCUUGAUCCAAAAGAAGAUUCAAAUGUUACAAUGUCCCCCAAGCAAAAAGAAGAACUGGCCCGUAUAAGAGCCAAAAAUCUGGCAAAUGCUGUUCACUACAUCUGGGAGACGGGAGAGGACAAAUACAUGCUGCGUUAUUUCCACACUGGGUUUUGGCUUUCCUGUGAAAAGCACAAUGACGGAAAAGGUGAGAAAUGCCGGAGCUUCAUCGAGCUGACCCCUGGAGAAACACAAGGAGUUCUGUGGCUCUCUGUGAUAUCGGAGUUUGCGUACAUCAGCCUGCUGGCGACGGGCUUCUUAAUGAUGUGGGUGGAAUUGCUGCUUCUGUGUCUGAAUAAAGAGAUGUAUGCGCUCAAGAUCAACGCCUUUGCUGCCAUUUGUACCGUCCUAUCUGGCAUGAUGGGAAUGGUGGCGCAUAUGAUGUAUACAACCGUGUUCCAGAUGACUGUGAGCAUCGGGCCUAAAGACUGGAGGCCUCAGACAUGGGACUAUGGUUGGUCGUUUGCGAUGGCGUGGAUCUCCUUCAGCUGCUGCAUGGCAGCGGCUGUAUUCACCCUGAACUCUUACACCAAAACCCUGAUCGAGAUGAAGCACCGUGCCCGCAUCCGCCUGGAGGAGGCCCGCGCCGCAAGCCACGCCCCACCAUACGAUGAGGUCAUCACGGCGGGAGGCGGGAGCCUCUAUUCCAUCAGCCGAUUGGUUCAGCAGUGCCACAAGGGCACGCUCAUGGACACAAUGUGGCCCCUCAGAGAGCAAGUGCCUGACGGUCCUAUGCCAGCAACGAAUCCCCAUGGACUGGUACUGGUGGGGGGGUGUGGAACGGAGGGGUGUGAGGACUGUGAAAGAGAACUUGAUGACAUGGAAGACAUGUUGGAGACGGACGAGAGAGGAGGGGCGGAUGAAAUGUGCUAA